AUGGCAGAUAACGCAGAGCCCGCUAGAAAACAUACAGACGACGACCUGACACAAUCGGGCGAUUCAACUGAUGAGAAGCUCGUGGAAGGUAUUAUGACACUACUAACACCAAUAGUUCAUGAAAUGGAUACAUCCAUCGUGUCAGUCAAGUCAAGCCAGGAGGCGCUAAGCAAGGAAAUAGAACGUUUGUUGGCAGAACUUCAAUUAUUUGCAGAGGCUUCAGAACCUUCGCCUAUACAGCCUUCAGUUCAGAAACUAAUGAAUGCACGAAAGCGUCUCACAACAACCAAUCAAACUCUCAAGAUUGUUAGCGACCGCAUCAAAAAGAUAUACGCACAAGUCGACAAGGAAAAUUCCACGAUCUAA